AUGGCGUCUUUCCCAGAGGGUCAAGAGCCUAUCCUUCUUGUGUCUAGUGAGCACACAAAAGGUUAUCUGGUGUUUCUGGGUCAUAAAACAAGAGGAGUUACCAACCCCUACCCAUUGGACAUCCAGCAAACAAUGAUCAUGGAUAGAAUCCUCUACAUUGCUGCUAAGAACAACAUUUACACUGUUGAUAUGGACAUAUCAUAUAAAAGAGAAAUCUAUUUUUACACAGAACUGACCUGGGAACCCACUGAGGCCAAGAAGUUAAAAUGCAUAAUGUUUGGGAACUCUGAGGCUGUAUGUCAUAACUUCGUUAAGGUUCUGAUAAGAAAAAGUUAUAAUACAUUAUUCAUUUGUGGGACAGGCGCCUUUGAUCCGUCUUGUUGGAACGUUAAGGUGAAGACUCUUAAAAGGAUGGGAGACAGGAUCAGUGGGAAGGGCAGGUGCCCUUUUAAUCCCAAGGACAGCAACGUUGCAUUGUAUGGAGGUGGGUAUCUAUAUUCUGGCACAGCGUCAGACUUGCGGUCAGAAGAUUCACUCAUUUACCGGAGUCUUGGACCUCCCCCAUCUCUUCGGACACCUAAACAGAAUUCAAAAUGGUUGAAAAAUCCUAAAUUUAUCCAUGUGGUAGAUUAUGGCAGUUAUAUGUACUUCUUCUUUCAAGAAGUAGCAGUUGAAGUCUAUGUCCCUGGGGAGCUCGUUGUUUCAAGAGUAGCUCGGGUUUGCAAGAAUGACAUGGGUGGAACGAUGGCAUUUCUAGACCAACAGUGGACUUCCUUUGUAAAGGCACAACUGAAAUGCUUGAUUCCUUCUGCUUUAAAUUUCAAUUUUGACAUACUGCAGGGAGUGACAGACGUUGUCCAAAUCCAGGGGCAUGACGUGGUCUUUGCAACCUUUACCACCUCUGAAUUCAGCAUCCCUGGCUCUGCUGUUUGUGCUUAUGAUAUGCUUGAGAUUGACAAAGUGUUUUCCGGGAAGUUCAAACGUCAGCUAUACCAGCUAUCAAUGUGGACUCCAGUUCCUGAAAACCAAGUGCCAACACCCAGGCCUGGUUCCUGUGCUGGCACUGAACCCCUUGAACAGUAUGAAUCCUCUAAUGAUUUUCCAGAUAACAUCCUUGAGUUUAUGGCAAAGCAUCAUCUCAUGGAUGAAGGUGUAUCAUCAACAGGGUCUUAUCCGUGGUUUCUGAGGACAAUGGUCAAGAACCGGAUCACUAAAAUUGCUGUUGAUGUUUCUGCUGGACCCAAGAAGAACCACGUGGUAGCUUUCCUUGGAUCACAGAUGGGAAUGCUUUGGAAGGUUAUGGACACAUCGGGAGAUGGGGCUUUCCUAAGUAACAGUGUUUUCCUGGAGGAGAUAGAUGUUUACAAUCCUGACAAGUGCCAAUAUAAAGGUACGCAUGCCAAAAGAAUUGUGAGCCUACAGUUGGACAAGCCAUCUGGGGUUCUUUAUGUAGCAUUCAGACACUGUUUAAUAAAGGUGCCACUGGGAAGAUGUGAGCUCCACGGGACGUGCAAGAAGGCUUGCAUAACUUCUCGAGAUCCAUAUUGUGGAUGGGUGAAGAAAAGUGAGGAAUGCACAUACCUCAGACCUGGAGAUGGCCAGAAAUUUGAGCAGGACAUUGAGCAUGGAAAUGGAAAUGGUCUGGACGACUGUUAA